AUGUUGGUCGCAAAGCUUCUCGUUGCCAUCGCAGGGCUCGCAUCUGUGGCGUCAGCCCAGGAAAAGGUCGAGGAUCUGGGCUCUACUCUUGCCGGGAUCAGAGACCUCAGCACAUUCUACAAUCUCAUCAAGAAAUACCCCGAUGUGCUCCUUCAACUGCCUAGCUAUGGUGGCGUGACGAUUAUCGCUCCGUCCAAUGAAGCAUUCAAGAACAUCCCCUACACUGCGCUCAACCAGGUCUGGGACCCGGACAACAAGACGACGACGGUCCCCCUCCUGCAGUACCACAUCGUCCAGGGGACCGUCGCGACCGGUGCGCUCGAGGCUGGUCCGAGCGUGAUCGAGUCUACCCUCCUCGACGACCCGCGGUACACCAACGUGACGUCUGGGCAGAAGGUGGUCAUCAACAAGUCGGGCGACGGCACGGUGGUGCUGACGACCAGCAUGGGGACGCGGUGCACGGUCCAGGAGAGCGACAUCGCCUUCACGGGGGGUCUGAUCCAGAUCGUCGACAACCUGCUCGUCCCGCCCGCGCAGCUCGGCGCCACGUCGGACGCCUUCAAGGUCCCCAACUUCCUCGGCAGCCUGUACGCGGCAGGCCUGAUGCCCGGGGUGGCGCUGCGCAGGAACCUGACCGUCUUCGCCCCCGUCGACAGGGCCCUCGACCAGAUAGGCGGGUCGCUCCUCGACCUCGACGGCGACGACCUCGGGCGCGUCAUGGCCUACCACCUCGUCCACGACCAGGUCAUCGUCUCGUCCGACCUGACCAACGGGUCCCACCUGCCCACCCUGGCCGGCGACGACCUGUCCCUGACCGUGCGCGUCGCCGGCAACGACAGGUACGUCAACUCGGCGCAGAUCGUCCAGCCGGAUAUCCUCAUCGCCAACGGCAUCAUGCACCUCAUCUCCAACGUCCUCAAUCCCGACUCCGCCGUCCUGCCCGACCCUCAGGCCAACAGCCAGCCUGCCCUCUUCCCCAUCAGCUCCGUCGCCAACCCGUUCACCUCCGACCUGCCCUGCACCGUCAGCUGCCCCGUCACCACGACCUCGUCCACCCGCCCGACGUCCACGGCCGGUACCACCGCCACGCGCAUCACCACUGACACGAACACCGCCCUGGCCGCCCGCGUUACCGGCCACCUGGCCGGCGUGGCCGUCGGUGCCCUCGGUCUCGGUCUCGGUCUCGGAGCCGAGAUAGCCUGGUUGUGA